AUGGAUCUAUUUCAAUCAUCAACAUUAAAAACACUUUUCGAUCCACCAACAGGUGAUUUAAUAUCAGGACUUGAAAGUAUUCAAUUUAAAAACUUAUGUCCUGGUGAAUAUAAUGAUUUAUUUAUUCAAUUACGUCGUCGUUCAAAUUUAUUAACAGCAGCACAUAUUGCUCAUGCAUGUUAUUUUGUUUCACUUGCUAAUCGUAUUAAACGUGAAGGUGAAAAAUUAAAAGGUACACCAGACAAAAAACGAAGUCAUCGUCUAAUGGCUGAAGUAUGUCGAGAACCGGGUCUUAAAAUUGGUAUUAUUGGUGUUGGACGUAUUGGACAUUUACUUGCUACAUUUUUAUUAAAAUAUGGAGAUGUUUAUCCAGAUGAGUUAUGUCUUUCCAGUCGACAAGCUGAUUUAUUAACUGAUAUGAUUCAAAAUGGAGUAGGAUUUUGUAAAUUUAAUAAUGCUUAUAUUGUUCAACAUUGUGAUAUUGUUUUUCUAUGUGUUGCACCACAUCAUAUUCGUUAUAUAAUUGAUGAUAUUCGUGAUCGUAUCAAAUCGAAUGUUCUUAUUUAUAGUCUUGUACUUGGUUUUCCAGCACUUAAACUUGCUUCUUUAUUAAAACAUACAUUAAUUAUUAAACCAUCAUAUCAAUGGAGUGAACUUAUUGAUAAAGAUGAAACUCUAUGGCCAAUAGCUGAUGGUAUUGAAUGUAUAUUUAGAAAUGAUAUACUUAUGAAAAGAAUUAGCUUAGAAAAUGAAGAUCAAAAUGAUAGUCUUGUACGUGAUGAUCAACUUGUACCAAUAAUAUUCUAUGCUCUAUUAAAUAUUUUAAAACAAAAUGCAUUAUUAAAUCGAAUUCAAUCAUUAAAAGUUCUUUCAGCAUUAUUAUUUAAUAAUUCAAAUAUUGAUAUAAUCAUUGAAAAAUUUGAUACUAUUGAAGAAAAUAAUGAAUAUUUUCCUGAUUUUAAUCUUGUUCAUUUGACAACAAAAACAACUAUUAUUCGAGAUUUACUUGAUCAUAAUACAAAUCUACGUCGUUUAUUUUCAGAGACAUUGAUAUCACAUUUUACUCAAUUUAAAUCCAAUUAUUAA